GAUCCAGGGGCGUUCUCCUGUUUGCAUGGCUUGAUGUGUAAUCCGCAGACAGAAUGAACAGCGGGGGGGAAGGAUUCAGUACUUUAAAGGAUCUCAGCAUCCAGUAAUGUUUUUUCUUUUGGCUGGCCACGUUCAGUGCCGGACCACUUUUGGGGAGACUCUGGGAUGCACAUCUACUGGGAUAAGGUAGAGACAGAUGCUGGGUAUCCCUUAACACUCCUCGGAUUCCCUUUAGUUUGUCACAGUGAUGUUGCUGUUUUAUUAGAGAUUGAUGAAGAUGUGAUGUUGUAUUUUAGAGUUCUGCAGACUGCUGCCUUUUGUCCCUCAAGAGCUUCUCUUUCUUCUGCAUCUUGGGGAGUCUUGAACGUCUUGCUAUACACCUGUGAUUUGUCUUAUGUCAUGACUGCGUGCAUGUCACGCUCUGAAUACGCUGUGGGGACCAGCCAACUAUGUCUAAAUGCAAAAAUGUUUAUGUAAAGAUUAGGGGAUAUAAAACAUCACUAGCUCUGAAACUUUCAAAGAAUAGCAAACAUGUAGACAUGUAUGCAUGCUUCUAUACGUCAACUAAUGAUUUGGCUUGUAUCAAACAUGAUUUCAGGUGCAUAUAUUAUGACUCAUAUUGUGAUGAGUUUUGAUUUGACGUGCAGUUUUCUGAUAUUCUGAAGUUGGUUGCAUUUGGCUGUAUCCCAUAGAUCUCACUGACUGCUGUUAAUGCCAUUUAAAUUAAUCUGCUCCCAACAGAUUUUUAUUUGAUGUCAAUGCUUGUAUUCAAGCAUCUACAGUAUGUAUCCUAUACACACAUACACAAAAGGGAAAGAGAGAGAGGCGAGCUGUUAUUACUAGUGGUGGCCUUUUGCAGUGUAUGAUGGUAGAGAGGACAGAUGGUGGCAGAAGGGUGGCCAAAUGACCUUGUCCCAGCGGGGCAUGUUUUCAGCCUCACAUGAAUCACUCUGUGAGAGCAAGGACUGGGCAGAAGACCCCCUGUUUUAUUCAAAAGAGAGGGGAUGGCAUUGAAAAGGUCAGACAGAGCUCAUACUAGAGCAUCAGACUGCAUGCAAACAGGAAUGCAUACAUUUUUUGGUAGCUGUGGCUACUAAAAUUGGUGAAAGUGUGUCAGACAUGACUGGAUUUUGGUGCCUGUAUAUGUUACAGUCCAUACAUUUAUAUUUAUUUAACUUGUGUAAUGUUAACAUAUCAACCUGCAUGCCUUAAAAUAUACUAAUAAUUGUCAUAUCACAGGUACUAAAGUGGAAGGCCACAUGAUGAGGCCAAAACAAAACAGACGAUAUAAGCGAUAUACAUAAGCGAUAUGUCAUACAGGAGCAAUAAUACAAUAGGUGCUAAUACAAAGUUACUAGUUUCAGCAAAAGCUAGACCAAUACCUGUUGAGAGAAAGUGAGAGGGUUAGUGUUUUUUUGGGGGGGGGUUCUCAUUUGUCUGUCAAGUAUUCACAGAAGAGAUGGGUUUUAAGUAGUUUUUUGAAUGUUGUGAGAGAUGUGGUUGACCGGACUGAGUAGGAAGAAUGUUCCACCAUUCUUCCUAACUCAAGACAUAAAAUAAUUUAAAGUUUAUGGCCAGUUUUACUGUCCUCAAGGGUUAUUUUUUAGCAGUAGGAUUUAGUGUGAACAUAUACUGCCCGUAUAAACAUUGCAAGCUGAGGCACCGAAAGAUUUGCUAUAUUCGUGUUUGUUUGUUUUUUUGGUUGCAUAAACAUUUUUGUAGCUGUGUAAUGUCUGGUUACUGCUUUUCUCACCUCAGUGUCUUGAUUGGCUGGAGAUCCCUGGCCAAUGUUGCUUUCCAGAAAUGUCUAGAGCACCCUAAAACAACAAGAAAAGUAUUUUUGUAUGAGUCUUACUUUAUAAUUUUGGAACACGUGUGGCUUAAAACCAAAUUUCUUUGUGCCAUUACCAUAUGUUAAACAAGUGUGUCCAAGUGUGGAGAUGUAGUUGGGGUGAACCAAUAAAUUCAGAAAUUCUCAAGGUGACCGUUAACUGCUGAACUCGAAUGACUGUGAUGCGAUUAGAUUUCUUAUGUGGGUGCAGGUGAGAUAGAUGUCACUUCAAACAGAAAGCUGGGCUGUAAAGUAGCAGUGAGAGACGCCUGAUCUGAGCAUAUGUCUGGUGAGAAUCCUCCCAAUGCAUCUGCAGCAUGAGAUGAAGAGAGACACAAUCCUGCAUAAUCUUUCCAUGUAGCACGUCAUAAUCAGAGAGAAAGAGAAAAUGAGAGAUGCUUCUGGAUUUUUUCGAGAGAAUCAGGAUGGAUUAAACGGCUUUCAGAAAACCAAAAGUCCUGGUCUUUCAGAUGAACCUGCAUUCUGAGUGACCUAAGAGAAAAGGGAGAAGAAUCGUUUUUCCAGCAUCUCUGACUGUCUCAUGAGCAGCCAUGCCUGUUCUGUCACCUGUCACAGGUUUACAUGAGAUGCUAGCGCUCCUCACCUCUCAGCUUCACCCAGAAGCAAACCAUAAGGAGGACCUGGUCUUUCUCAGAGAGGUCUUCAGUGAAAGGAGCCUCAGUUAUUUAAUGAAAAUCCAUGAACGUUUGAGGCAGUUUCAGCUCCAAAGCCCGAUCCCUGUGCUCCACAGCGCCUCCUAUUUAGCGGAGGACGUUGCAGAGGAGCUACAGAAUGGACCACUGGAUGAAGAUGAGAGAGAAUUAUUAACACUUCUGACUGCUCCACAUGUGAAGGCAGUGCUAACAGUACAUGACACUGUGGCACAGAAAAACUUUGACCCUGUGCUCCCCCCGCUGCCAGAUGAUCUAGAUGAUGAAUUAGAGGAAGAAUCUGUGAAAAUUGUCAGAUUGGUGAAGAACAAGGAGCCACUUGGUGCGACCAUCCGCAGGGACGAGGUUACUGGAGCAGUGGUAGUUGCUAGAAUCAUGAGGGGCGGGGCAGCUGACCGCAGUGGUCUGGUGCAUGUUGGAGAUGAGCUCAGGGAGGUCAAUGGAAAUCUAAUCAUACACAAACGUCCUGAGGAAAUCAGCCAGAUUCUGUCUCAAUCUCAAGGCUCGAUCACUCUGAAGAUAAUCCCUGCCAUUAAGGAGGAGGACAAAUUCAAAGACAGUAAGGUCUAUUUAAGAGCCAUGUUUGAUUACACACCAUUUGAAGACAAAGCCACGCCCUGUCAGGAGGCGGGACUACCUUUCCAGUGUCGGGACAUCCUGCAGGUGGUUAGUCAGGAUGACCCAACAUGGUGGCAGGCGAAACGGGUGGGAGACAGCAACCUGCGUGCUGGACUUAUUCCUUCAAAACAGUUCCAGGAGAGACGACUGCUGUAUAGAAUGAAAAUGGGAACUUACCAGAGCCCAAAAUCACCCAGAGCAGCACCAUGUGAUCAGACUUGUGAUAAAGCAGAAGACUGUGAUAGUGAGGGCAGUGGAAGUGGACACCACAUUGUUUCUCCAAAGUGUAAGGCGGUGGCACCAUCCUGUGGCCAGGCUUUUUCCUGGGAAUUUUACUCAGCUGGUCUCAGGAGAAGUUUCAGGCUGAGCCGCAAGGAUCAUCAGGGUUCGGCAGCAGAGGAUCAUCCAGAGUCCGGAGAGACUGAGUUUUUCAUAUAUGAAGAGGUGACUUUAUAUCAGAUGAGACCUCAUGAUAAACCAAGACUUGUGGUGCUAAUAGGUUCUCUUGGUGCUCGAAUCAAUGAGCUGAAGCAGAAGGUGAUUGCUGAGAAUCCUCAUCGGUAUGGCGUCGCUGUGCCACAUACAACAAGAUCCAGGAAGAGCCACGAGAAGGAAGGCAUUGAAUAUCAUUUCAUCUCUAAGCAGGCCUUUGAGGCUGACAUCCAAUCUAAUAAGUUUACUGAAUAUGGUGAAUAUAAGAAUAAUCAAUAUGGGACGAGUCUUGAGGCGAUACGGAGUGUCCUGGCGAGAAAUAAAGUGUGUCUGGUAGACGUUCAACCUGAGGCCCUGAAAAUUCUUCGUACACCAGAGUUUAAACCCUACGUGAUCUUUGUAAAGCCUUAUGUUCCUGAGACUCGCCAACAACGCACCAAAUCAACAGGAAGGGAUGACAAUGGACACAUCAUAGAUGAAGAUCUGCAGGAUAUGAGGCAGUCAGCCGAACAGAUGGACCAACAAUAUGGCCAUCUAGUGGACAGGGUCCUGUUAAAACAGGACUCUGCCAGUGCCUGUGUGGAGCUGAGGAAUAUUCUGGAACGACUUGAGAGAGAGCCACAGUGGGUGCCUGCCAGCUGGGUCUGAUCUUGAUCUUCUGUGCUUCCCGUAACUAUUCUUGCAUAUGGUGUAAUGUAACCAUAGACCUAUCUGCCUCUGUCUGCCUCUAUCUGAGUCUGUUGUUUGUCUGUUAUUGUUUCAUUCUGUUCAACUGAAGUAAGACAAACCGAGAUAAAAGUGUCAAAGUUGGACGUCCUGGCGGUUCGUUGUUCUGCUGUACUGGUGAAGACUUUGAUUUAUAUUUUGCAUGGAAGAAGCUUGACAAGAAAUCUAAUAAGUUUUGUUUCUAAAUGAUGGAAAUGAUGUAGCUGAUCUGGCAGACGUCCUUAUUUUUAUAUAAAUAUCAUGAUGCAAGACUGCUCGGCUGCAGGUUUACUCACUGUGUCCAAGUUGAGGUUAUGUUUACAUCAGGCAAACCGUCUAGUGUGAAGGUCUUUUGUUUUGUUGUCUUAUGCUGGCUGUGUAUAUUUAGAUGAAUGUAAAUGAAAGUGUUGUAAAAUAGCAUACUGUAUAUUUGCAAAUAAUUUCAGUGUUUUUACCCGUGUAAAAUAAGAGGCAAUAUUUCAUAUUUGGACAGCCUCUCAUUAUAUGGUUGUAAUUGUCAGUGUUUUUUUGUAUAUCAAGUUGAUAACUGAUGUAUUUCUGUACGAUGUAGUUCAUUAGGCAAUUGCUACAUUGAUGUCAAAAAGCAUAAAGGCAUGAUAACAUCAUUAGGCCCAUAUACAGUAAAGUAUUGUUCAAAAUGUUAUGAAUGUUGUUUAAAAUGUUACGAAUGUGUACCAUUUUAGAAUAUAUGGAAUAUUUUUGAAUGUAAAUUGUUAUUAUAAAUGCUACUUUAACACUGUGUUUAUUUGUAAUCUUUUCAAAUAAGUUGGUAAAUAAUAUGUCUAAAUAUUAAUACUUGUUUGACUGCAUACAGUUAAAUGACUUUUUAGUCAUCUUGUUAGAUUUCUUUACAUUACAUGCUGCUAAUACAGCCACCCAGCAGCAGAUGGUAGUAGUAGUCUACAGGACUUGUUCGUGGUGAUUGUUUAAACCUCUCAUGUGUCAUCAAUAUCCAAUCCUGUGAUCAAUUCACAAAUCCUUACAAAAAUAUAUUUGGUUAUAAACAGUUAUGUCAAUUUAUUGUUGGAUUUAAAAGAAAUUGUAAACUGGUGUUCAGAUGAAACCGGUGUUUGGAUACAUCAUUCAAAAUCUAUUCCCUAUAUUUUCAGCACAUUGCAACCUAAAGUGCAACACAUUUUCAAAGCAUUUCAUUGGUUUGGUUGUUUUAUUUUUCUUGUUAAUCUGCAGGGAUAUUGCCCAAUAUUGCCCACAUAUCAGAUCACUGACUGUAAAUGUUCAGGAAAUGUCAUGUAGAAACAUAAUGCCACUUACACAAUCAUGUACAUCAAUUUUUAUAUUUGAUUUAUUUUAUAUUAGAUUUUUUAAGAUCAGGAGACUUCUCAGUCUCAUAAACAGUAUGUCAUUUAAGAGUCACUUUUUUCUCAGAUGAUUCUCC